AUGGAACAAUACAUUGAUUUGAGCGACAAGAAUUUGCAUUACGUGGCUGGAGUAACUAUCCUUGCUCCAAUCAUUUGGAAUGUUUUGGCCCGUAUUGAAUAUCAUACUCGUUUACUCACCAAACUCGCUUGUGGUAACGCACAACUAGGAUGUUACAUGUUGGCUGUUUAUAUUUUCAGCUUUUCCUUGUUUAGAGAUUAUUUGUUUGAUAGAGCACUUGCUUCUCAGCCUGUUGUGUUGAAGGAACAAUACGGAACUGAGCUCAUGUAUGUGGGUUAUGCUUUGCAAGGAAUUGCUUCCUUGUUGGUUUUAGGAGCCUAUUAUCAAUUGGGAAUUACUGGAACUUAUCUUGGUGACUACUUUGGUAUCCUCAUGGAAGACAGAAUUACCUCUUUCCCAUUCAACGUUACUGACAAUCCAAUGUACAAUGGUUCUACUUUGUGGUUCAUUGGUCACUCUCUUGUCAAAUGCUCACCAGCUGGUUUGUUGUUGAGUUUGGAAAUUUUCAUCAUGUACAAGAUUGCUUUAAUGUUUGAGGAACCUUUCACUGCUAUGAUUUAUGCUAAGAGAGAUGAAGAGAGAAAGUCUGGUAAAUCAUCAUCUCCAACUACACCAUCAAAGAGAAAGAGCAAGAAGUUGGAUUAA